AUGGGCUGGGGCAUGGGGCAUGGGGCGUGGAGCAUGGGACAUGGAGCAUGGGGCGAAUAUGGGCAGGAACGUGCCAGGCCCAGAGUUGGCCAGAACCAGACGGUUUCGCCGGGCAACCAGACGCCAGCCAACUGCCGGAAUCUCUACGGCUAUGGCUAUACUCAGGACUCCUCCGCAGGACGUACCUCGUUGCCGGAUCAGUCAGUGAUCGGCAACAGCCCCAGAGUUGACGACAACUCCAAGCUCGAAGCUUCAUCAUCAGAAAUCGACCAUGGCACAGUUUACGCCCGUUGCAAACUCCAUCUUGUUGGCUUUGCGUCGUCCCCUAACAUUUGA